AUGACAGUAUCAGCUGAGAACUUCGGCAAACCGGUCACGUUCGAUGAGACGAAUUGGAAUGAUGCUUCGGUAAAGCAGGUUAGGGAGCAGGGAAAGAAGGCGUUGGGGGGGACGAAGUAUGGGGCCAGUAAGACCUUGGCGGAGAAAGCUGUAUGGGAUUUCGUAUCUGCCAACCCGUCUCUUCUAUGGGAUAUCGUCACUAUCAACCCUCCAUUCGUUUUCGGUCCAACCACAAAUCAUGUUCCCUCCCCCGAAAACCUGGGUACAUCAGCAACUGAUUGGUAUAAAACCCUCAUGACCCAACACGCUGGAGGAAAAUCUCUCGAAUUCCUCGCCACGAAAUGCUACUCUUGGAUUGAUGUACGGGAUGUUGCGGAAGCCCAUGUGCGGCCGUUAGCCAAAGAAGAGGCAGGCGGCAAUCGAAUCAUCAUAUCGACUGAGCCGUUCUGCUGGCAAGAAUUCCUGGACAUAGCGUUGAACACCCUCACACCGUCACCCUACACCAAGCAUCCGCUUGCGCGCGGAAAUCCGGGUGCUGGAAGUUCUGCUGAACCCCUGAGCAUUUAUAGACUCGACAGGGCUAAACAGUUGCUCGGAAUGUCGAACGAGGAGGGAUCGGACUGGAAGUACAAGACCAAAGAGGAGACAACUAGAGAUACAUUGGCUGAAUUCGCGGCGAAAGAUUGGUAA